AUGACGGCUGCAGUUAGCGUCGGCUCCUCACCACCGUGGGUAGAUGCGGUUAUUUCGAUUGCGCCAGUGGAGCUUGUUGACACCAAGGAGCUUGCUCUCAUGGCGGUGCACCCAGACGGCUGUGUCACGGCGUGGUCGCCACAGGAUCCCAGUUUUCUGCUGAUGCGAAAACGACCAAUGAAGGUAACCUGUGUUGCAAGCGCCCCGGAUGCUGUGCAACACAGUUCUUUGGCCUGGUUUGGCGGUGCGAAUGCUGUUGAAUGUUACCGUGCUCGACGCCGGGAUGGUCGAUACAUCCACUUGCAAUUCUUGUACCACUUGCAGAUCGAUCAUUUCACGGGUAUAAGGGAGUUGCGUACGAACGGCAAUGCACUUGUCGCUGUUGUGGGACUUGGUAUGCCGCAGGUGUUUGUGUGGCCUGUCGUUGGUCAUGUAGCCACCGCCGACAAUAUUGAGGAGCAGGCAGGGCGAUGUGUUGCCAGUCACAUUUUUGAUCGCAGUGCCAAUCUAUCCGAACCGCCGCUUGGAGAUGUGUCUUCUGUACUCAUGGUGGAAAACACGGUUUGGAUUGGGUGCAGCCGUGGUGCCCUUCUGCUUGUGGAUUUGAUGGAUACUGCUGAGGAUGUAAAGCUUUCCUACACCCUUCGAACGGCAGGUUCAUGCUCCGUGACGGCCUUGGCUCUGGUUUCACAAACACCGCGUAUAUGCGUUGUGGCGAGUGGGAUGGAGAAUGGUGACAUCGUUCUCUGGUCAGCGAAGGGCGCGGCCGUCCUCGGACAGUACUUUGAGCACGCCAGUGCCGUCUGUGCUAUGGCGUACGUGCCGUGGGGGCGCGGGCUCUGCAGUGUGAGCAGCACGCGAGAAGUCAUCUUAUGGGCGUGGCAAGAGGCUUUGGGCGCCUUUGCGGUUGUGGAGCGUGGGGUGCUAGACGACGAUAUGGGUGCUGGCAUGGUGUGGGACUUGUGUGCGGUGCGCGACACCGAAGUUCUCGCCUGCGCGGCGGAGACGUCGCACAUUCUACACUGGCGGUCGCACACAAAGCCUCACAUUGGAGGAGGCGAGAUCGUGCCGAAUUCUACACCUGCUGCUUCUUACGAUGUACAAGCGAUGUGUGUAGAACUGCAACAGCUCCGUGCCGAGUGCCGACGAUGGCAAGAGCUGUACGCCGCUAGCGAUGUGGAACGGCGAAAUGCGGAGCAUAAUGCUCUCACGAGUCAAGCUGAUGCUGAUGAAGUAAGACUAGAAAUGAGGGAGCUUAAAGAAAAGUUUCUUCACACACGCAACGAUGCAUCUUCUGAUCCAGGAACGCAAAGUGAGGCUCUUGAGAAGAAUUCCCAGCUAAGAAUUUUGAAAUCGCAAGUAGAGGCUGCAGAGGAGCAACGCAAUCAAAUGCUAGGAAGGGUGCGUGAAGUUGAAGAGGAGGCAGGAUCAGCAAGAACAUCAUAUGAGGCAGAGGUGAGAACGUUAAAGGACGAGAAGUGGGCAUUGGAGAGAUGUGUCAUGGUACUCAAGUCGGAGCUAAAUGAGAGAGAGGAGUGGCACCGUGCCGAGCGUGCAUCCCGGAGAGACAAAGGUGUCAACACAAGUGGCGAUUGGUGGAGAAGUCAAACUUCUCAUCCUGUUCUUCAAGUGGAAAAAAGCACGCAGGUCUUUUCGUGCUCUUUUAGUCCUCCCCGAGAAGUAUCGACGGGGCAACCAUCUGGAUCCACGGAUUCCUUUCCUUUUCUGGGAGUACAACAGCCUCUUCCGCCGCCGCCGCCGCCGCCGCCGCGGCAGCAGCAGCAGCAGCAAGGGCGGCCGAAGCAGAAUGAUCACCGUCACGCCCUGCAGAAUUACGGUGACUCUGCUGUGACGUCUGUGCCACUCCUGGAGGCCUUUAAGGAGGAGGUUACACCCCAGCUCUCUCCCGUUAGCCACCGCACUGUAAACCAUCAGGUGACACCACACCCGUUGAGUGGCGAAAGAGGUUCAUCAUUACAGCAGCCAAGGGAGAAUAUGAUAUCGGCGUUUGUGGUAGAAGCCCUUCAAGCGCAGCUUUCGCUGAUGGAAACGUUGCUCCGAAAUCACCGAGAAGCAUCUGCCACGCCGGACCCUCUCCUAACGCACUCCACAAAUAUUUUGACGGAUGUGUAUCUAAUGGCGCGCGAUUUAUUGGGCAACGGUGUGGCCGCGGCAAUCACCCGUGAGGCGUUAGAAGGCAGGCCACUCUUUAAUGAGCGCGAGGUGAUAUGCAAAUUGUUUGCUGCCAUCUGCCAGCGGUAUCGCACCGCGUUACUGGGGUCUCCUUACAGAGUGCCCGAGUAA